GUGGAUUGACCUUCUUACCUGUACAUGGAUUCAGUUACUGAUAUUUGUUUUACUUGUUCUACUUGUUUUGGAACUGGAACUGCUAUGACUGAAUAAUGAGCUCAGCGGGGCUUUCUGGUAGAGCGUCUGGAGAUUAUGGUGUUUUUCAUGUGUGCUUUCUUGUACUGUAAACAGUUUUUUGUGAACUUGCAAUAAAGUAGAGAACUAUUGGUAGGGCCCUAUAAUUUCCGCGAUCACGGAAUCGCGGACGGAAUCGCGGAAUCUGGUGUAAACGCGGAAUUUCGCGGAAUUUUUACAUUUGAAAUGAAAUUCUGUUUUUGUGUGGGAGAAGAACGUACGUCUGGGGGAAAUGCACACCGGGGGACGCAAAUCUGGGCGACACAACCCCUCCCGCUCCGUCAUUUCAGCUCCCCCUCACCCUCCCCCAUCAAAACAAUGAAAAAAUGGCGAAGCGGCUCUCCACAGCUCCGCUUUCGGCGAAAAAGUUGAGAAACACGACGCUAAGCCCUGAGUACAGAGCCGAGCAGUUCCCUCGUGACUUUUACGUGUCAGCCUAACUAGGUGGUCAUGGAGUCCAUGAAUUUGGGGGAGUGACGCAAGUUAACAGGAUACAAACUCCCAUGGCUGCUACAUCCAGUAGCAGGACUGGAGCUCCAAGAGCAGGCUGGGUUGCUUUUUCAGAUGAGGGGUUACAGGCAGAUAAGGACAGCCUCCAGCCCUCUUUAGACCAGCCUGUGGUGGACUCUUCAACAUGGACAGAAGUACCAUAUGUGCCAGCCCAGAAGCCAGAGCAACAGACUUCCUGGGUUCUGUUUGAUGACAAACCACGGUCUCCAUCUCCACCUCCCCCAACGCAGGUAAAAGGCCCCAGGCACAGCGUUUGCUCUUCGGCCAGCUUCUGGAGCACCGUUCCUCCAUCAGAGAGCAGCUGGACCACCCAAUCAGAGGAGCAGAGCUCUGUGAGCAUGGGGGAGUCCUCCUGUGACCUGCCAUCACUUAACACAGAAGAGCCGCCCAGUCAAACACCCUCCUGCCCGCACUCUCCCAAUUCCUCUGUGUGCCAAGAGGAUGAAGAAAUGAACAUGGAUUCUUACAGCUGGACAACCAACAAUCAACACACUAACAGCCAAUCGAAUGUCUCCUCCAACCGCUUUGCUAGCUGGGUUACUUUUGAUGAUGAUGCAGACAAUGUUUUCCAGCCUCCAGGGAGGCCUUCUAAAAUAAAACUAGACAACUUGAAAAAUUCUCCACUUCAGGAUGCCAACAGCAACCUCAUUGCCUCUUCCUUUUGCAACCAGGUGACCGAGAGACACAUCCUGGACUUGACCCCAGAUGGCACCAGUUCCAUUUUUGCAUUCGAAAGCACACUGAACAACAGCGUCCCUUACAACAAGAAGAACCCAUUCCUGGAUGUUGAAUUCUCCAACCUUCAGCCAUCCCCUAUUAACCCUUUUAGUGCCUACUUUGACAAAACAGAGGUGAAAACAUCUCAAAACGUUGGCCUGUGCCCAGAGACACCUGAUUUAACGGUCAGUUCACCGUUCUUUGGGUAUCAAGAUGCUGACAUCAAAAGGGAAUCUAUAGUUCUUUUUUCAGCAAAGAAGGACUCUGGGAGUGGAAAUGAAACUGUCCCAUCAGGCUUGCCUGAAGAUGGUCUGGAUCAGCUCAGGAAAAUACACAUCUCUGACCCUGACCGUGGUGGUAGUCCUACCCUACCAGACGAUUCUGUGGAUGCAGAAGAUUCUGAUAAAUCUGCCUAUGAACCAGAUCACAUGACUCCUCUGGAAGGGUGGCCUAUGCUGCUACGCAUCCCUGAGAAGAAGAAUAUCAUGUCCUCACGUCACUGGGGACCAAUUUUUGUAAGGUUGACAAACAGUGGCCAGCUGCAGCUCUUUUAUGAAAAAGGGCUUGACAAGCCCUUCAAAGAGUUCCAGCUGAACUCCCAGCAUGAGAUAUCUGAACCCAAACUCCAGAACUACGAUGAGAAUGGCCGUGUACAUACUGUCAGUAUUGACCAUGUGAUUUACAAAGAGAAGAGGAAGAUCCAGCCCAAGGUUACGGUAGUUCAUAUGCCUGUGAAAGAGCAAGUUGUAAAGCUUGGGACCACAAACUACCAGGACUUCUCAAGCUUUUGUCAUGCCCUGCAGGAGACCCUUGUGGGUCUCUCUGUAGAUAAAGAAGGCCUCAGCUGGCCUACAACUUACACAGAGGAGGAGAUCUAUGUGGAGGUGAGAGAUAACUUCUUUGGAAUUCUCUCCAAGGGGGACUGUCGUAUCUUGGAGCAGUUGGUUUUGACCCGAGUAAACAUGCUAGCCUUCUUGAAAGCCUCUCCACCUUGCAGUAUUGGCCUCAAUGAUGUCCAAGUCAAAGGUAAAGAAGUGGUUUCUCGGCAUGACAUAAUUCCCAACACAACGUCACGUUGGAUUCGCCUACGCGACUGUCGACUGCAUGAGUGUGCAGAUCACUCAGAAUUUGCAGAGUCCGGAGCCAUUACUUUUAGCCCACCGAUUGGUCGCCGCUUUGAACUGCUACGUUUUCGCACAACGUUCGCAGAAAAAACACUUCCCUUCACUCUGAGAACAGUCGCUAGCGUCAAGGGCGCGGAAGUGGAGGUGCAGUCCUGGCUGUUGAUGUCAACAGGUUUCACAUCCAAUCGGGAUCCUUUGACGUUGAUACCAUGUGAGAAUGUUGCAAUCCGUUACCCCAUACCUGAAAUUUGGGCGAAGAACUUUAGGCGCGAGAGUGUGACGGGUGAGAAGUCCAUUAAGGCUCGCUUCAAUAAAGGAGCCAGCUUUGGUUCAGCCAGCGUGUCAGGGUCAGAACCAUCCAUGAGGGUUACGCUCGGCACUGCGAAAUAUGAACAGGCCUUUAAGUCUGUCGUGUGGAGGAUUAGUCGGCUGCCAGAUAAGAACACAGGGCUGGGACAUCCUCAUACCUUCUUCUGUCGUUUGGAGCUGGGCUCAGAUUGGGAGGUGCCUCCUAAGUUUCAAUGCCAGGUGGAGGUGGAGUUUGAUAUGCCCUCUGCCUCUGCAUCCAAAGCAACUGUGCGCUCUUUGUCUGUAGGGGACAGAACUGACUUGAAGAAAUGGAUCACCUACAAAUCACAUUACUCCUAUCAGGUUGCAGUAGAGGUAAAGAAUGAAAGCAUGAUGGAAAGCCCCCAGGACAAGCAGCCAGGAGAGUGCUGUCAACAGUGAGGAAGAGCCUUUUUUUUACCCAGGAAAAGAGGGAGGUUUAAGGGUUGCACUUUGUUGAGUGGGAGAAAGUUCAGCUCUCAACUCAAGUAGAUAUUUUGUUCACAUUUCAUUCCCAUUUGGCCUUUUUUUGUGUUUUUUUUUUUGCUAAGAUUUGGUGUAGUAUUGAAAUGAAAUUGAAGCAUAUAUACAGUAGGAAUGAUAUUCAAAAAAGAAAUAAAUACUGCAUGAAACACAACAUGAAUGUUCCAGAUGUCUAAAUGCAUUGUAUGUCCUGAUAUGUGAAGAAUGUGAUUUACUAUUGCAGCUAAUUUUAAAUUUAGGAGGUUCUUAUCAAAGCUUUUAUUUUACAAUCUUUGGGGGAUAAAAUCCUUAAAUAUUUGCCUAUAGCAUUGCAGCUGUCAUGUGUUGUUUUAAAUGUAGAUCUCACAGGAUUGUAAAAAAAAUGUCUGUAUAUUUUGGCUUAUUUAACUUUGUUCAGAGGAUAACGAGGGACUCCUUAAAUAACUCAUUUCAGAGCUUGUUUUAUUUUACAUAGACAAAAAUAAGUAAAUGACAUUUUGGUCUCUAAUUUCAACAUAAACCAUGAAUGUUAGUAUUACUGCAAAAGGUACCGCUAAUGCAAAAUGUAUACCUUAGAUUUGGGUUUGUUAGGAGUCUGAUUUAUUUUAAUUUAAUUUGCUGCCAUUUGUAUUCAUUAGAGCAGCACAUCUAUAACAUUUGCAUUAAAUUCCGAUUUGAAUACUUGCAAAUGAGGCCCAUUUGUUAGUAGCUGCUCCGAUAAUCUCUUAAAGAUUAAAGGAUUUUGCUCCGAACAUAGGUGGAGGUUUCUGUGAGGGAAAUAAAUCAUUAAAUAAUAUAGCCUGCACUUUGCACAUCUUGAUGAGUUUAACACUCUGAAUCUGUUUAACAUUUAAAGGGAUAGUACAUUUACCAUCAUGACUUUCUCUCAUUGAAUGCAGAAGGAGAUGUUACUGUAGGCUAAAUGCAAGACUGACAGCCUCAGUCACCAUUCACUUUCAUUGCUUUUUUUCCACAACAAAGAUUGUAUGGAAAUCAAAAACUUUGUUUGGUGACUGAGACUAAUAAUCUGCCUAACAUCCCCUCUUGUGUUCCACAAAAGAAAGAAAGGCAUACAGAUUUGGAACAACAUAAGAGUGGGUAAAUUAUGACAGAAUGUUUCAUUUUGAGUGAACUAUCCAUUUAAGUUGCUCCAAAUAUUUUCUUUUGGUUAGUGUCAAUUAUUGUUUUAUAUAUAUAUAUAUAUAUAUAUAUAUAUAUAUAUAUAUAUAUAUAUAUAUAUAUAUAUAUAUAUAGUUAUUAUAGUUAUAGAGGGCUUAAUCAUUGUGUUAAACUAGCAAAACUGCUGUAUUUAUGUCUCUGUGCUUUGUGUCCUUUGAAAAUGUUUUGUACAAUUCAGUUUUAUGAUAUAUGUGUUUUUUCUACUACAUGUAAUAGACAUUAAAUAACACUUCCCAAACAAUAUUUGUCCAUUAUAUUUGUAGCAUUUUCAAUUCAUGUGUUUGUUUUCUUCAAUCAUUACAGUGCAGUCCUAAUCAAGAAUGGUUUUUUUUUUUUAAUAAUUAUGACUAAAUGUUGUCCUCUAAAGCAUCAACAGAAAUACCUAAUAUCAUUUGCUUUUUGAACGCCUCAUGAUGUUUAGAGUUUGAGUCUGAUCUCAAUAAUGUUACACUGAAAGCACAGAAUGUUAAAAAAAAAUGUGGUUGAAUUUCUGCUGAUUAUGAAUCAUGUUUAAAAGUAGAUUGACACGUUGAGUAUAUCGGCAAGAUUAUAAAAAAGACUGCAAUGUUUUCAAUGCAUCUGUCAGUACUGACCCUCAUUUAUAAUACUUGACAUUUGGCAUAGAAAUAAAUUGCUAGAGCCUUCAAUUUCUUAUGUUCUUAUUAGUUUGACUUUUUUUUUUUUUUUUCACUUUAAGCAAAAAACAAGUUUAACUAAAUGGUUUAAUAUCGUGAUCAUUAGAUUGAAAUAUUGCAAAAACUAAAAAUAUGUUUACUUUUUUGUGUAUUAUUUUUUUGUUUAUUGAUUGUCUACUCCAUAGCUGUAAUUCCACUAACCUCAGUCACUCUGUGCACCUUCAUCUCACUCAUUUAAAGAACUGGACAGGAUGCAUACAAUAAAGUAUGUAACA